GAGCGGCUCAUGCCCCACAUUUCGUUUCAGUGUCGGCACGAGACACAUUCCUGUACCGGUUAAACGAAACCUCUUCCGUCGAAUAGAUUUUCCAUUUCAGAAAAUUCGUUUCAUUUUCGCAUUUUGUAUUAAUUUUUGAUAAAUCGGUAUUUGUAUCCUUCGUUUCUUUUUUUUAACGAAAAUCAUAACGUUUCUCGCGAUGUUGACGCAAAUCAAGUGGUUGUACCUGUAGAACUUACAAAGAAAUAAUGGAACUAGCGGACGAUGGCUUUGGAUUUACAAGACGUGACGAUUUGGUCCUGCGCAAGGUGUUGACGUCACGAACGGCGGUUACAAAAGGAAUGACGAAGAAAGAGGAGGAGAGGGGGGAGUGCCGUAGAGCGCAGUGCUCCAAGGAGACGGCGGCAAUAGCAGGAACAGCAGCAUUAGCUUCUUUGAAAAACACCCCCAACCCAAGCAGCGGAUUCAUUCUGGCACCGUCGAAAGGCGUGGUGAAGGGAGGCACAACUUCACCGGAAACCGGAAGCGAUUUACUCGAGAAACGGCAACACACGGAGACCUCAGUUGCUCGUGACACGCCGAACAUACCAAACGUGGUUGAGUAUCAUUUGAAAGUGAAGCCACAGUGCCUGAAGGACACGGACAUUCAACACAAUUCCAUCGAGAUGAAGAAAGACAAUCCCCCAGGCCUGAGUGAAGAAAGCAAGAAGGACAUUAUUUCUUCGAAACUCUCGAAAUUGACAAUCAACAACAAUGUAUUUGAAGGUUCAAGUGAUUUGCCGCAAGUAUUUCAGGUGAAAUAUCUCGGAUCUCACGACGCCAGAGGCCUCUGGGGUAUAAAGCACACUCGCAAGCCAGUCGAUAAUAUGGUGGCUGCGGCAAAAUCAUUACCGGCCGGUUCAAUUCUACCGUUUAUUAAGCUCGUCGUCUCGAAUGAAGGCGUUGCCCUCUUGCCAUUGGGAGGUAAUAAGAAAAAACUCGACGCUGGAAUCUCCAAGGUCUAUCCGAUUGAGACAAUUUCCUAUGGAGUUCAGGAUCUCGUUUAUACGAGAGUUUUUUCCAUGAUUGUCGUUAGGGAAACCGACAACUUCCGCCGUCUCUCGCCCUUCGAAUGUCACGGAUUUGUUUGCGAAUCGAAACAUCAUGCGAGACAAUUGACUUACGCAUUAGCUUCGGCCUUUCAGAUUUAUUCCCAGCACAUUAAAUCGACGCAAAAAAAAGUCGAAGUGCAAAGUAUUAAUUCGAAAAAACGUUUUGUCAUCGAUCUCAGGAGUCCCGAUGAGAUUGAGGCUGAUCUUAAUUUGGACUCUGAAGCAUGAACAAAUUUAUUUUUAGUGGACGAAUAUUGUAUAUAAAUCAGACUGAAAUUACUUCCUUGCAAUGGAAAUUAUAUUUGUAAAUACUUCCAAUUAUUUUAAGUUAAAAAUUCUCACAAGAGAUAUAUUCAUAGUUCUUCACUGAAGAAAUUAUAUUUUAAAUUUUAGAAAAUCUACUUAAAUAGGCGUCAAAAAUAUUUCCCACUUUAUUUAAGUGGGAAAUAUUCUUGGCGCCUAUUUAAGCAGAUUUUCUUAAAUUUAGAAUAUCACUUUUUCAGUGAAGAAAUAUCAAUAGUAAAUUUUCUAAAAUUUAGAAUAUAAUUUUUUCAAUGAAGAAAUAUCUAAAACUUAGAAUAUAAUUAAAGAAAGUGAAGAAAUAUAUAAAAGUUAGAAUAUAAUUUUUCAGUGAAGAAAUAUAAAUAGUAGAUUUUCUAAAAUUUAAAAUAUAAUUUUUUCAGUGAAGAAAUAUUAAUAGUAGAUUUUCUAAAAUUUCGAAUAUAAUUUCUUCAGUGAAGAAAUAUCAAUAGUAGAUUUUCUAAAAUUUAGAAUAUAAUUUCUUCAAUGAAUUGUGAGAAUUUUUAUUAAUUACUUUUUAAUUAGGUCUAGUGCGUAGUUUUGUAUCGUGUGGAUUUUAAAGCGAGCAGACAAUUCUUGUCUAACGCGAUGGCUAGAAAUCCAAAGAUACUGAAUAGAAAAGAGACAAUGGUUAUUAAUUGCGAGAGUUUUUCUCCAUAGUAUCCUCUUAUUGACAUUGUUUAAACAAUAAUUAACAUAAAAGUAAUCCUGCCAACAUUAUAAAAUUAAUUUAUUUUUAGAUUCUAUGCAGGUCUUGGAUAUUAUGACUUUUUCGACUCUUUUUGUAUUUUUAAUCGACUAAAGCGACUUUUUUUGUGUCUUAAAAGUUUAAGUCGAUCCGAGGCCUGGAUAUAGAAUAUUUAUUUCAUAUCUAAAUUUUUUUUGUAGAAAAAUUCGAAAGUAUUGCAAAAUUUACAUGAACAGCAAGAAAAAGAGAAUUAUAUAUAAACCCUAAAAAAAUAAGCUAAAUUUCACUUUUUUUAAAAAGCAUUUUGAUAGAUUUUGUUUAACUUCAUCAUCAUCUUAAAAUGAUUUGUAAAACUUUUAGUUUUAAAGAUUGUAUAUUAUAUUUUCUCUAAAUAAGACUUCAUAUAUUUGCGAUUAUUGUUUUUAAUAAAGUGGAAAAUUUCAUAGUGGAAUUUCUUUAAUUAUUUUUGAAAAAUAUUUUACAAGGUUGGCACCCUUAAGGAAAAGUAAAAUCACUUUUGUAUACAGUUCUCAAUUAUAUGAAAUAACUAUAUUUUUGUUUUGCUUAAGAACAUAAAUUAUAUACAAAAACCAAUAUCAACACAUAUCAUUGUAAAUAAAUUAUAUUUUUAUUAAGUUAGAAAUUAUAAACUUUUUUGUAAAUAAGGAUUUUUUUCAAAAAAUUUAUUAGGCAUAUGGGACGCUUGUGUAACUUGUACAAUUUUUUGCGCGCAAAAUUUUUAAAAGUAUUCAUUAGUAAUAAUAAAGUAAUUCAUAACUUUGCUUUUAGGAAAAAUUAAAAAAUUAUAUAUUUAUUUUUCCAAAUAAGAAAUACUAUUUUUGUACAGUGUAAAAUAUUACAUUUCUUAUGUAGAUUGUUAAGUACUAUAUUGUCGAACGUAAAUAAAUUGUUAUUUGAUUGUU